AACAUGAAGUUUUUAUCAUACGUUCUUCUAAUUGAUGUAAAUUGAAUUGUUUCAAAUAUGCGAAGCAGAAACACUUACUGAGCAGUGUGCGAUUCUGUCAUUCGUGUGGUUUUACUCGAUUAGGUACCAUUUUUUUCGCCCAAUACUUUCAUUACGUUUAUGUGGUUUGGUGUCACUUUCUAUGAAAUAGAUUCAGUUCGCCUACAAAAUAUCGGCAGAAUUCGUCACGAUGUAAGAAGUUACCUUGACGUAGAAUGAAUGGAUAUUUCAACGAUACUGUGAGUAAUAAUUAUGAAUUCAAUAUGAACGAAGGUGGAGCAUGUGUAGAUCCCGGAUCAACGGAGAACUUACCGGAACCCAAACCGACCGGAGUGUUGAAAAAAAGCAGCCGAUAUAGGAGCAGAUCGUUAUCAGCUUCGUCUACAGAUUCGUACAGUUCAUCAUGUACAGGUAGCAGUUCAGAUGAGAGUGAAACCUCUCCAAGAGAGAAAGAGCAAAAAAAUUCCAAAGGUUUUACUGAUUUUUGCAUCAAGAAUAUAAACCUCCAUGCAUUCGGUCGCAGGGAAAUCGAAAUCGCCGAACAAGAGAUGCCUGGCAUCAUGGCGUUGCGAAGAAGGGCGUCCGAAGAUAAGCCUUUGAAAGGUGCUAGAAUUGUGGGCUGUACUCAUGUCAACGCGCAAACAGCUGUUUUAAUAGAGACGCUUAGCGAAUUGGGAGCCAAAGUACGAUGGACAGCUUGCAACAUCUACUCGACCCAAAACGAGGUAGCCGCAGCUCUGGCCGAAUCUGGUAUACCGAUCUACGCUUGGCGAGGCGAAAACGAAGACGAUUUCUGGUGGUGUAUCGAUAAAUGCGUCAACGCUCCGGACUGGCAACCGAAUCUACUUCUAGAUGACGGCGGAGACGCCACUCAUUUAACUUUGAAAAAAUACCCAGCUGUUUUCAAGUCCUUGAAGGGCAUAGUCGAAGAAAGCGUUACCGGCGUACAUCGCCUAUAUCAAUUAUCUCGUUCUGGCAAGCUAUUGGUGCCAGCGAUGAACGUUAACGAUUCGGUCACCAAGACCAAGUUCGAUAAUUUGUACAGUUGUCGCGAGUCGAUCGUCGAAAGCUUGAAACGCUGCACGGACGUUAUGUUUGGCGGCAAGCAAGUCAUGGUUUGCGGUUACGGCGAAGUGGGUAAAGGUUGUUGCCAAUCGUUGAAAGCGUUAGGAUGCAUCGUGUACGUAACCGAAAUCGAUCCUAUUUGCGCUCUACAAGCUUGCAUGGGUGGUUACAAAGUAGUCAAAGUGAACGAGGUGAUCGGCGACGUCGAUAUCGUAAUCACGGCCACGGGUAAUAAAAACGUUAUCUGUCGCGAUCACAUUGAUCGUAUGAAAAACGGCGCCAUAUUGUGCAACAUGGGUCACUCGAAUACCGAAAUAGACGUGGCGAGUAUCCGAACGCCGGAUUUAAUCUGGGAACGAGUCAGAUCACAAGUCGAACACGUUAUCUGGCCCGAUGGCAAACGCAUCGUUUUACUGGCCGAGGGUCGUUUGGUCAACAUGAGUUGUUCCAGUUUGCCAUCUUUCGUCGUAUCUAUCACAGCGGCCACCGAAGCUGUAGCUCUCAUCGAAAUGUUCAACGCUCCGGUCGGUCGCUAUAAAGCUGACGUUUACCUUUUGCCGAAAAAAUUAGACGAAUACGUGGCCAGUCUGCAUUUACCCACCUUCGACGCUCAUUUAACCGAAUUGACCGAAGAUCAAGCCAAGUAUUUGGGGCUGAGUAAAAAUGGCCCCUUCAAACCGCAUUAUUACCGUUAUUAAUACCAUUACCUAUCAUGUAUUUUUUCUUCUCGUUUUAUCAACUUACUGGACGUGGACGUGUCUGUCUUCGAAUGAUUGAUCGGUGUGCGAUCAAGUGGCUCAUAUUUUUUUUGGUUAGAAUCAAUCGUAGGAAAAUUCGCUCGUUGUAUUUUUGAAAUUUCAUAUCGUCUAGUUGUUCUGUCGUGUGUAAGCUUCUCGUCUUUUCUCUCUUUCCUCAUCUCGUAUCCUUUUUCAUUCAUCGUUAGUAUGUUUCUGUUUCAACUGCAAACGUUUAUAGUUGGUUAAACGAGUUGUUUUCAACGUCAUAUUUGCAUAGUCUAUUGCGUAGGUACAUUUGAGUAAAUAGCAAAGCACUGUUGGUGCCCUAAAUUCCAUCUGUGGCGUUUGAUGUUUCAGAUUAAUUCGUCCAUGGUUGUGAAAGCGAUAGUGUUUGAAGAUUUCGUGUUUGAAACGCUUUUCUUGGAAUUUUUCGAUUUGGGGCAAAAUAAAGGAGGACUUGAUAGGAAAAGAAGGAAUGAAAUAUCAAUAACUUCUAGGCCACAUUCUUUGCCUCCUCUAUAAAAAAUUUACAAAAAAAAAAUUUUGAAAUGCAUUUUUUUAAAAGCUCAAAAUAUCGAGGAAGGUUUCAUUUGGCAAACAUUAAAAUUGAAAGAAAGCUUGAAAACAAUCGGAAAAAAUAUCAAUAAAAUUAUUCUACGCGGUAUUAUGAAAAAAAGAAAAAAUCUCGAAAAUUUGAAAUACGAGAUACAUUUUUUUUGUGCCAAAAACACUUGAUAUUUCGUGGAAAUGUUGUAUAUUUGAAGAAUUUUUUUCAAUAUUAUGAUAAAGCUAUGUUGAAAAAAUAAUCUUUAAGAAAAUAGAAAAAUAAAAACUUAAUUGAAAAAAAAAAUGUGAAAAUAUUUGAAAAAAAUUUAAAAUAUUUCCCAAUAUUUGAAAAUUUAAAAAAAUGUUUUAGAAAAAAUUUUGAAAAUAUCUGAUAGAAAAUUUGAUAUUAAUGUUUUGUUAAAAUUUAAGAAUAAAAAAAAUCCAUAACACAUUUAAAAAAUACUUUGUAAAAAAAUUUGGAAAAAAAAUGAAUCUGAGCAUUUUUUCAAGUUGAAAAAGCACUGGGACGUCUGGAGAGAAAAAUUUUAAAAGUAGAAACAUUUUUAAAACACAAUACCUACUCUGGCUGUUUUUACAUGAAAAAAAUCAAAAACUUGUUCAAAUAAUUCACGUAGAACGAUUAAAUUCGGCUUGUUCUGAAACCUUCAGAGGAUUUUUUGAUUUUUUAGUUCUGAAAAUAAUUAUUAGAAAUUAUAAAAUUGAAGUUUGAUCCAGGAGAAACUAUUUUUUAAAUUUGUACUAAAAAUUUCCAAAAUAGGUAUUAAGAAUUUGAUGGAAAAAUCAGUGAAACUAAAACAUGAAACUGAAAAAAGCAAAACUAAAAUUUAAGUGGUUCAUUUUUUUCUCAAAAUUUCCAAAAUAUUACAAAUUUUAUGGAAAAAUAAAUGGAACUAAAAUUGAACUGAAACUAAAAUGAAAAAAGUACCUUGAUCCUUUUUUUUUUUUUUUUUUUUUUGCAAUUUUCAUAAAAACUAGAAAAAUCAAAAAUUGUUUUUUUUUUAAUUAAGCUUGGAAAUAGCAUCCUUUACAAAAUCGGGUUUGGGGUCCGAGAAGUCAAUUUUUAUGAAUUUAACCCAUGUUAAAAAUUUUUGAAAAGAAAAAAAAAUCAUUCAAUUCGUUUUUUUGCAAAACUAGUACGUAACUAAUAAGGUCAUUUUAGCCGAAUAGGUUCACACGAAAUCAGCUCAAAUUUGAUAUCUGAGGGCUUGGUAGGAUUGAAGGGAUUGAAGGGGUGAAGAACUUGAAUAAAAAUUCGCAAAUGUCGAAAUUUUUAUGAAGGGUUGGGGAGUGGGGGGGGGGGUGAAAAAAGUCUAAACAGUCAAACUAUGAAAAUAUCAUUCGAUGUAUGUAUGUAGAAUGAAAAUCUGAUUGGAAACGAAAAGCAGAAAAACGAUAAUUUUUCAUAUCAUAUUGCUCAUUUUUUUUGUUUCUAAUGUAAAAUUAGUGAGUUUUAUGCAAAUUUUCUCAAUUAUUUUUCAUGUAGCGCUUUUGCUGGCUCAAUGGUUUUUAUAUUUCGUUCAUUGGUAUUCCCACGAGCACGAAUGAAAAAAAAACCAUCCAGUAAAGUAGUAGAUUAUCGAGAAUUGCGCUGAUUCGUAGUACUUUUAAAUGAAUUUAUAAAUCAAAUCAAACUUCUAAAACGAAUACCUACUAGAAAUGUCAAUUUGCGCUUGCCACUUGAUCUUUUAAUAAGUAUAGACGUCACUGAGAUUGAUUUUUUCAAUUUUUAUAAAAUAAUAUUGUAUCGCGAGCGUCGUUGUUCGAUUUUUUUUUUUUGAAAACUCGGUGUGAAUCGAGGGCGUCAUUUUAUUAUUAAAAAAAAUUAGAGUGUUUCAUCUUUUAUGUAUUUGUAAAUGGGUAUCUUUUUUUUUGAAAAAAAAAGAAGAAAAAAAAGACCCCUUUAAAAUGUUUGUGAUUGAUAGGUAUAAGUAUAUAGAAAACGUUAACGUUGUGUUAUUCGUGUGCCUAUACCAUUUGUUCUGUUUUUAGUUUACGUUUUGGGGGAGAAAAAAUACCCAGCUCGUGUAAUUUUUAAACGAUGAUUACAUGGCGAGUUACAGACAUGCUUGUACGAAUGUGAAGGCGAAGAAAAUAUUCCUUUGAAAGUCGAUCUUAUAAUUUACAAUACCUCAUUUCUUCUAUUUUCCUCUUCCUAGUAUUAUGCUGUUAUGGCAAUAGUCUUAGUGCUAGAAAUUUCUGCACCGCGUAAGUUGAUCAGUUCCAAUGCAUCGUGUAUUAUGGUCUGUGUGUUGUAAUGUUAACCUUUAUAUUGAGUUGUGCUCAUCCAAGGUGCUAAUUUUUCUCAUUUUUCGCCAGCGUACAUUUGCUGAGCUUUGUCCUUUGAAAGGCAUAUCAAGCAAUGAACUGCUCCAUAGAUGACAGUAAUUAUAAAUCAAUUGGCAUCUAUGGUUGGAAAAAUGCUCGUUUUAUAAAUGUGAAAAUAAAUACGAGGAAAAAUUCCACACCAGCUUGACCUUUUCCUUUUCCUUAUGAACUAGGCAAAGGAGAAAAUCGAUUUGUUUUAACGCUUUUUCAUCUUUACUGCUGGAAUCUUAUGUAUAUGUAUUUUAACCAUUCUGCCCUUGAAUUUCGAAUGUUUGUGUUCGUAUUAUAAAUGUAGGUAUAGCCUCGUACACGACGAAUAUUCCAACGUGAUUUUAUAUAAGUAUUGUUGACUGUUGAAAAGUGUUGAGCUUAACGUUGGGUGUACCUCGAGUUGUACUUGUACUAUCCCUGAGCGAUAUUAAAAUCAGAAUUUUGGCUCAUGAAUUCGGUACACUUUACGUGAUUCAUUUCCGCUGGCUUCAGCAAUUUUUUUUUUUUUUCGUAUCAUAGACUACCUUACCUACCUACGUUUUUAUGUUUAAUUAAAAUGAUUGUUUUAUUCCUUGGGUAUAUAUUUUGUGAGAAAAAAAUUGAAGAAAAAUACAAUUUUAAUUUACGUGUUUA